GUGAAUGGCAGUUUUCUAUCGCAUGGUUUACGUAAACUUUUAAUUGUUAAGUUUUCAAUAAAAAAGUGUAAAUAAGUGCAAUUAGGAAACUCAAACAAAGUGAGGCUUACCAUGGCGGCUAAUCUAACGCGUUUGCUGGAGCAGAAUAUACGCAGCAGCAAUGCAGCGACAGUGCAACGCAGUGUGCGACUUUUGAGCAGCCAACAACUGCAAAAACAACAACAAGAAGCGAUCGACGAUGAAGAGUUUCGUGUGCUUAACCUGCGCACUAUUAAGCAGCAGGCACGACGACGGGAGAUAAAGAAGGAAGUGGUUCAGCCGCCGCGCACAUCUCGCAUGGCCGUCGACCAGGAUUGGACGUCCGUCUGGUCCGGACCACGUUCCUUUCAUCCGGCCAGUGUGCCGCUGCCUUUGCGCCAGGGAUACACGGAGCGCGGGGCAGCCGCGCCCUCGAAGUAUGCCAAUGCAGAGUUGAUGAAAAUACCAAAUUUCCUGCACUUGACGCCUCCGGCCAUACGACAGCAGUGCGAGGCAAUCAAAAAGUUUUGUACGCCUUGGCCGAAGGGACUGGAGACGGAGGCCAAAUGGAAACGCCAUUUUCCCAUUGAGGUCGUUAGUACGGACUAUUGUCAUAGUUUACCCACAAUUCGACACCCGGAAGCACGUCGUGUCACGAUUACGUUGAAGUUAUCCGACUUGCAGUUCGAUGCACAUGCUAAGGAUAAAUUCCUGCGCCUGGUCGGUGAGCGUUACAACCAGGAGACUGGAGUGCUUACAUUUAUGACUGAUCGUUGUCCGACGCGGAAGCAAAACUACGAUUAUGCUUUGUAUUUGUUGACGGCAUGUUAUCACGAAUCAUUUGUGACGGAGCCCUGGGAGGACACAAAGUCCGAGGCGGACAUGGAGCUGUAUCUCUUCGAACGCAAUCAAGCCAAGAAAUCCGCCGAGGCAAUACUUAAUUGGAAUGCAAAAACAGAGCAGAAAAUCACACCUAGUGCAAGUUAUGCUGAAAGCGUGGAGCAGUUGAUAAAUGAAGGCGAGAACGAGUAUAACAUAGCCAAGUAUAAAGAGGAAGUACUAAAAAUGUUAAAUAUAGCUGUCUAGUAAGCAUUUGCAAAACUAUAAUUGUUAUAAAGAGAUAUUGAAAUAAACAUUGUUAAACAACAACAAAAA